UGCGCAAGGGUUUGCAUUAUGUGAUUUAUCGCGUGAUAUGAUGACCCCCAAAAUGGCGCUGUUACGACUACGGCACAAAAGCAUUGAGCAAACAUAAAUCGGAACUAACACGCUUGUUUUGACUGAUAAUUUUAAGUAGAGAUAUCGAUAGUUCUGGCUGGUACAUUGUGUGGAAGUGCUGUCUCUCUAAGUUUCGUUUCGUCCGGGAGCUCCUAGGGGGUAUGUCAGAUACCCCUCCUGCGUCAGAGACCAGACAACCAAACAAGACACGAAAAAUCCGAAAAGAAUAAAAAUAAUUAAAAAUGAAUAUCCGUUGUGCGAGACCGAGUGACCUGAUGAACAUGCAGCACUGCAACCUGCUGUGUCUGCCGGAGAACUACCAGAUGAAGUACUACUUCUACCAUGGUCUUUCCUGGCCGCAGCUCAGCUAUGUGGCCGAGGAUGAAAAAGGACAUAUUGUUGGCUAUGUACUUGCAAAAAUGGAGGAAGACGGUGAAGAUAACCGCCAUGGUCACAUCACCUCCUUGGCUGUGAAGCGGUCACACCGACGCCUUGGGCUUGCUCAGAAACUAAUGAACCAGGCUUCACUAGCUAUGGUAGAGUGCUUCCAGGCUAAGUAUGUUUCCCUCCAUGUAAGAAAGAGCAACAGAGCAGCACUGAACCUUUACACCAACUCCCUGGGCUUCAAAAUUCUAGAAAUUGAGCCUAAAUACUAUGCUGACGGUGAAGAUGCAUACUCCAUGAUGAGAGACCUGAGUGCAUUUGCUGAAAACAAGACGGAGAGCCAGUCCGAAAACACGGAGAUCAAGUCUGAAUCUGCAGUUAUAUCACAGUGUUGAUUACAAGUUAUGUAAAUAAAGCAUUUAAUUAAACUAUAACUUAAAAAUUG